GUUCCAAUUUUUCAAAUCUUUACUAUAUUUAGUUUGUUGUUAUCAUUUUUUGCUCUAAAUGGGCAUAAUUAAAGUUCCCACUGUUACAUUUUGACUGCAAACAUUUGCUACUACUAAAGGUGAGUAUGGAACACUUUCAGGUAACAGCACGAAAGAGAGAAUAAAACUAUAUUUACAUUUCAUGUACGUUUAUGUUUAGCUAAACUAUUAUGUUUAGUUAAACAUCGUACAUGAAAUGUAAAAAUAUUCUUAAAUGUCUUAGUUUGUCAUCUACUAUCAACAUAUAUUUCUUUAAAUUUUUCUUGGAACAACAACACCCUAAUAGCCAAUGCAUUGGCAGGCUAUGAAGGUAAACAUGUUUAAAUCUCGUGAUAAUUGUAUAUCAUAAACAAGAGUAACUUGUAACAAUAGUGUUUAUUUGUCAAUAAUGUCCUAUUAUGUUAUAUUUUCCUAAUUAAUUGCUUGUUUUAAGAGUUUAAACGAACUAUUUAUGAGAUUUACACAAGAUUUCCAUGCUGCAUGAAUUAUCCUGUCAUGUAUACAUAGACAAAUCUUAAGAAACAAGCUUUUAGGAUUCUCACAAAAUUUUAUCGCAAACAAAUACACAGAUCACCAGGUUUUUUAUUUUAGGUAUUAACAGUAAAUAUGUCUUCUGCAUUUGCUGGAAAUGCUGCUGGCAGAAGGGAACCAAUUACACAAGCAUCUGUUCAAAAGAUGUUGGAUGAAAACACUCAACUUAUUCAAGCCAUUAUGGAAUAUCAAAAUCAAGGGAAAGCUAGAGAGUGUGCUCAGUAUCAGCAACUUUUACACAGAAACUUAAUCUUUUUAGCCACACUUGCUGAUUCUACGUUAAAUCAGCAGCAAGCUCAACAACAAAACCAAACUCAGAAUUCACAAGCAGUUACUUCAGCAACACAAUCCUCUCAUCAACCACAGCAAACAAAUCAACAGUUUCAGCAACAUCCCCAAACUGUGAUGCAGCAACAACAACAACAACAACCAGUUACUCCUUCCCAGCAGCAGCAACAAACAUCACAGUCUCAGCACUUGCAACAGCAAAUCCAACAACAGCAGCAACAACAGAAACUUCAACAGCAACAAAUGCUGCAACAACAACAGCAAAUGCAACAGAUGCAGCAGAAAAAUAAUAGCACAACACCUCCAAAUACUGCAUUCCAAAAUCUCAUCCAAAACUCAAAUAGCAAUGGUACUGCUAAUCUUUCUGCUUCUGUAGCCAAUACUAGUAGUAGCUCUGUUACGAACAAUUCUACCUCUUCUAGUGCUCCUACAUCAAGUAUCGACUCAUCAUCUACUGCUGAAAGUAAUAAUACAAAUGCAAAUCCUGCAGCAAUUUCAUCCACAAAUCUUUCAAUUCAAAGUCCAGGCAAUGCAACUAAUAGCCAAAAAAUCAGUAAUCCAACUAUGAUGACGACUACCAACAUGAACCAUGCUCGGGUAGCUAUGUUGGGCUCUUAUGGACAACAGGGUAUGGCUAUGCCAAACAUGUUAAAUGCAAAUAUGCCACGUUCUAACAUGAUACCUCCAAACAUGAUGCCUGGUUUAACGCAAUCUGCAUUAAUGUCUAAUAUGAUUCAAGGUGGGAUGUCUGCAGCUCCAUCUGCUGAAAUGAUUCAAAAUAUGUUAAUGCAACAGCGGAUGUCACAAUCAACAUUACCUGACAGUCAAUUUCAAGGUGGCUCACCAAUGCCACCUGGCAGUGCCCCACCAUCUUCAGGAUUUUAAAACACUUAGCCAACAACUUAGCAAUGUCACUACUGCUGAACAAUUGGUGUUUAUAACACGAACUGGAAUGCAAUAUGUCAUAUUUAACAAUUACGUUAAAAAAUGCUGACUAGAAGUUCCAAUGAAUUGUGCAAACAUUUUUGAUGAUGUGACAUUUAUAAAUCUUGUUUGUACCUAUAUGUUUUAAAUAACUUAAGAUAAUAUAGA